GACUCUCCUCCCUGCCUCCUGUUCACUGUGUGUUCUCUUUAUCUGUGCAGCGUUAAGUUUGGAUUACCAAGUUCAGGUUCUCCUGAGGUUCUCUUCUUACAGUCUGGAGAAGUUAUAAACGUGGCUUCUGCUGCUGAUGUGCUCCCACUCGAUGAGCAAGUGAAGCGCUCAGCUCCUGUGGAACCUGCCUCGGCGUCUCUGCCUGCGUCAGAACAGGAAUCUGUCAUUCUCAUUUGUGACGCUCCAUCAUCUCCACCUCCGGCUCCUCCACAGUCAUCAUCUGCACCUAUAGGUCCUCCACAGUCAUCAUCUGCACCUCCGGCUCCUUCACAGUCAUCAUCUCCACCUCCGGCUCCUCCACAGUCAUCAUCUGCACCUCCGGCUCCUCCACAGUCAUCAUCUGCACCUCCGGCUCCUCCACAGUCAUCAUCUGCACCUCCGGCUCCUCCACAGUCAUCAUCUGCACCUCCGGCUCCUCCACAGUCAUCGUCUGCACCUCCGGCUCCUCCACAGUCAUCGUCUGCACCUCCGGCUCCUCCACAGUCAUCAUCUGCACCUCCGGCUCCUCCACAGUCAUCAUCUGCACCUCCGGCUCCUCCACAGUCAUCGUCUGCACCUCCGGCUCCUCCACGGCCUAAAGAAAGUGACAUUGUGGAGGCUCCUGCACCUCCAAAAACCACACCCCCACAGGAGGCAGAGCCAAUCACAGCCCCUGAGUCAGAGGUGAAGAGUGAGCUGGACAAGACUCGUCUGUCAGCACAAAAGCGAUGCAAACAAACAGGUCAGCUCCUUUUCUGCAUCCCUCCGAUGGAGGAAGUUCAGCUGAAAAAGGCAGAGAAAGUCAGCAAGUCGACAGAAAAGAAAGAAAACAAGGAAAAGCGUCUUAGAAGGCCGGGUCAUCUCCUUUUCUGCAUCCCUCCGACGGAGGAAGACCAGCAGAAGACCGGGAAAGCCAGCGCGCUGGUGAAGAAAAGCCAAGCAUCAGAACAGGAACCUGUCACUCUCAUUUUUGGCAUGAGAUCAUCUUCACCUCUGGCCUCUCAACCCCCCGAAAAGUGAAGUGAAGUGAAGUGACUUGUGGCCAAGCAUGAUGACCCAUACUCGUAAUUUGAAAAACCACACCCCCACAAGAGGCGGAGCCUACCACCGCCCCUAUGAGCUGGACAAGGCAAUCACAAAGCCUCGUGUCUUGGGUGUUUAAGACUCGCUCUCAGGAAAAGCCUCGUAAACGAGUCGGUUUCUGCCUCACUCUGAUUGAGGAAAAGCAAGACGAGGCAGAGACAACCUGCAAGCUGAUGGGGUCUGUAGAACCUUCCUCAACAUCUCCGGCCGCGUCUGACCCUGAGACUGCCUCACAUACACACUGCACUGCUCCCUAAAAUACUUAUUUUAUUCUAUUUAUACUGAUUCUACUUACAUACAUAUCCCAAUGAAUAUACAUUAAAUAAUGCUUUAAAAAUGGGACAAACCAUACAUUUUUAAAAAUAAUAAUUUUAUACAAAAAUAUAAAAAAAAAACAAAUAAACAAUGUAUUGAACC